AUGGCCAUGAUAGAUGACAUAGCUGAGACCCUCCGCAAUAUGCAAGAUGUGAAUAUGAAGUUAAACCCCGGAAAGUGCUGUUUUGGGGUGGAAGAAGGGAGAUUCUUGGGAGUGGUAGUCACUAAAGGCGGAAUCAAAGCUAACCCGGAGAAAACUCAAACUGUGGCUGAAAUGCGAUCCCCCAGAUCCCUGAAAGACAUCCAACAACUGAACGGGAGGUUAAUUGCACUAAACCGUUUUUUAUCAAAGGUAGCCGACAGAACCCUCCCCUUCAUGAAGGUGCUGAAGGAUUGCCUUCAAACAAACAAAUUCAAAUGGACCACUGAAGCAGAAACUGCUUUCCAAGAAAUGAUGGACUAUAUCUGCCAACUCCCAACCCUAGCCACCCCAGUACCUGGGGAACACCUGCUCCUGUAUUUAUCAGCCUCAAAGACAACCAUAAGCGCAGUCAUGAUGGUGGAACGGGAGGGAAAGCAAAUACCAAUAUACUUCAUCAGUAGAACGCUUAAAGGUCCUGAGGAGCGCAACAUGCCUCUGGAAAAGUUGGCGUUAGCCCUUGUUUUCGCAUCCCGAAGGCUCAGAAGGUACUUCCAGGGACACAAGAUCACUUUAAUGACGGAUCAGCCCCUCCAGAAGGUGCUCAAGAGGCCAGAGCUGUCCGGACGACUGGCUAUGUGGGCCGUAGAGCUGGGAGAACACUCCCUGGAAUUCAAGCCGAGAACAGCCAUAAAAGGACAAAUACUGGCCGACUUCUUAGCAGAGGUUCCGGAGGACGAAGAGAAAGAACUCCAAAAAUGGGAAGCCUUGGAAAGAAAAGAGAAAGAGGAGGAAGACAGGGCUGUAUGGAAGAUAUUCACAGAUGGAGCCUCUAGUGAGGAAGGAAGUGGAGCAGGCAUUACCUUGAUAAGUCCUGAGGGGGUUGAGUUGACCUAUGCCAUAAGAUUAGAUUUCGAAAACACCAACAAUACCGCAGAGUAUGAAGCCCUUUUAGCAGGGAUGAGGUUGGCAAAGAAAAUGAAAGCCAGACAUGUGGAGGCUAGCACCGAUUCACAGCUGGUGGUCAAGCAAUAUCAAGGAGAAUACGAGGCAAAAGAUAGCAUUAUGGCUCAAUACGUGGCAAAAGUAAAAGAAAUGGCCGAAGUGUUCAAAACUUUCAAGUUAGAAUACAUCCCCCGCGGGAGAAACAGAAAAUCCGACGCUCUCAGUAAACUAGCCUCAGUAGCAUUUGACCACCUAGCAAGAGAAGUCAAAGUGGAAGUUCUGACUUCCCCCUCCAUCGGUACAGAAGAGGUGGCUGCAAUCGAAAAUGCACAAGAAACAUGGAUGACACCAAUUGUAAAGUUCCUCAGAGACGGAACUCUACCUGAGGGAGAGUGGGCGGCUAGAAAGGUAAGGGUCAAGGCCCUGCAAUAUGAAUUGAUUGAUGAGGAGAUGUAUCGAAGAUCGUACCUAGGCCCCUCAUUAAAGUGUGUUGACAUGGAGGAAGCUGAAUAUGUGAUUAGGGAAAUGCACGAAGGGAUUUGUGGAAUGCAUUCAGGGCCAAGGACAGUAGUAGCAAAGGCAAUGAAUGCGGGGUUCUAUUGGCCUAGAAUGUGCGAGACAGCCUCCGAGGAAAUCAAGAAAUGUGACAACUGCCAGGUACAUGCACCUAUGACCCACCGACACAAGCACCCGAUGAUAUCUGUCUCAACGUCCUGA